AGGCCGCAGUGAUUUGGUAGCCGCUGCAGUAGGAGGAAGGACCGCGGUUCUACCCCUUCUAUCUUUCAGUUUCGUCUCGAAAUUUUUAUCAGUGGUGCUUUCUGGUAGCGAUCGGUAAAUUGAGUGUACAGUAACAGUGUUCUAUGAUAGCUAAGUCGUAGUAUUAUCAACGGAUAGUCAUAUCAAUCGCCAUUUUAAUCGCACGUUUUCCCUGACAGAAGCGCUAGCACAACAAUGGCUCUGAAAAGAAUUCACAAGGAGUUGAACGACUUGGCACGGGACCCCCCAGCCCAGUGUUCUGCAGGACCAGUAGGAGAUGACAUGUUUCACUGGCAAGCCACGAUAAUGGGACCUAAUGACAGUCCUUAUCAGAGCGGGGUUUUCUUCUUGACCAUUCACUUCCCCACAGACUACCCCUUCAAACCGCCAAAGGUUGCAUUUACCACAAGAAUCUACCACCCAAAUAUCAACAGCAACGGCAGCAUUUGUCUUGACAUUCUGCGAUCACAGUGGUCUCCGGCUCUCACCAUCUCCAAAGUCCUCCUGUCCAUCUGCUCUCUGCUGUGUGACCCCAACCCGGACGACCCCUUAGUACCCGAGAUCGCCCGCAUCUACAAGACGGACAGGGAAAAGUACAACAAAAUAGCUCGGGAAUGGACACAAAAGUAUGCAAUGUAGUAUUGGGGAGGUAGAAUCAAUGCCAACCACCUCUACAACGUAAGGUUAGGGGAGCUUCAGACGUAAAGAGAAAACAAACAAAAAACCAUUCAAAACAAAUGAAAAGUUUAAAACAAGAUCUUGUUGGUUUCCAUUGGAGUGCUUUCUUUGAGCCACGCCUCCCCUUCACCAGAGUACCUGUAAAACUCCCUCUGCCCCCCCUCUCUUCUCCCUCUGUUUUACUCUGUCUCCCUUUCCCUCCCACCUGCCUCUCAGCUCACCUCUCCACCCUCCAGUGUACAUAUUGUCAACUUGAAAUGGUAACACCCAUCUCUUUACCUUCUCCCUUUUCACCUCCCUCGUGACCUCUGACUUCCGUUACACUUUGCCAACAUGCAGUUUGCCCCCCCCCCCCUCCUUAAACUCCUCCUUUUUCCUACACAAACUCCUGCAUCCUCACCCACCUUCCCCAGACGUUAAAAGCAUUCCUUUUGAGCAUCAGUAAAACUUAGAGGGGACUUCUUUUUUUUCCAGGGCAGUGGGGGGACAAUACAUUUGAGGGAUUUUUACACUCUGCACCCUUUCUUGUUUUGUUGUCCUUUCAAAUCCCAUCUGUCAGAGGUGACAAUACAAGAAAGCAAUUUGUUUUCGCAUGCGAGUCAAAGGGCACUCUGUAUUUUAUACAAUGAAUACUUAAAAUAAAUCAUUGCAGGCUAUGUAAGAUGAAAAAAAAAUGCACAUGGGCUAUUUUGGUCUUCUGUUGGAUUCUACGAAAGGACUUGAAUUUAUCCCCACAUCUCCUGCUCCAAACUCCCUCCCUCCCUAACCAGUUGACCCCUUUGUACACACACAUAGACACACAUGCACGCACAAUUGUAACCCCAUGCCACCCCACCACUACCACCAACUUUUCGUUAUUCACAAAGUGGAGGUUCUGGACCAGGUAUUUAAGCAAUUUAUUUUUCUUAGUUCCCCCGCCCCCCCCCCCCCCCCAUAACUCUUUAGGUUGCAUUUUUUUCCCUUUCCUUUUUUGUUGUUGUUGCUAUUGUUGAAUUAGAGGCUAACAUCUUAAAUGGCUAUGGGACUGGCUUGGGCUCUGGGUGCGAGGAGAACCCACUCUUCUUGCACAAAACCUCUGUAUAUUGAAUUACCUGAGAGGCUCGUUGAGCUUUGUGUGUUGAUUAAACUGUGUAAUAAAAACCCAUGAUUCCUG